CAAAAGCUCUAAGAAAAAGUCAAAUAUACAAGAAAAUAUUCAUCAAACUUAGAAAAAGAGAAAGAAAUAUACACCUUCCUCCUUCUCCGGUUGUAUCUGAAGCUUCCUGUACCAACUUGAACAAAUAUCAAACCAAAAAGUCAAAAUUUUCAGAACUCAGGCACCCAACAGAGAUUAGAUCGGAAAGCGAAGCUUUUUCCUUAUUUUCUCUUGGGAGGUAAUUAAAAUCAAAAUAAAAAUUAAUAAAAAAGUGAGCUUAAUCUCUGAUCCUUCAACCCAAUGGACUCCGAGUUUUGGACCUCUCGACUCGCGGCUGCCAAGCGCCAAUACACGCUCCAGCACCACCAUCAGAGCUCCCACUUAGAUCGGUUGAGCAUCGAUGAUUUUGAGGUGGACGACGAGGUCCGACCCGACUUCCCAUGCCCGUAUUGUUACGAGGACUUCGACAUCGUAUCGCUUUGUUCGCAUCUCGAAGACGAGCACUCUUGCGAGUCCAAAGUCACCGUUUGUCCCAUUUGCUCUGUUAAAGUUACGCGGGACAUGUUAAGUCAUAUCACACUGCAACAUGGACACUUGUUCAAGUUGCAGAGACGACGUAGAUUACGUAGAGUAGCAAUUCCUAACAGUCAGGCACUGUCUCUCCUGGGCCGGGAUCUUCGUGAGGCUCAUCUCCAGGUGCUUCUAGGGGGUGGUGGAUAUCGGUCAAACAAUGCUAAUGUGUCUACAACUGCUACUGAUCCAUUCCUAUCCUCACUUAUUCUGAAUUUUCCUGCAUCUGAAGCAGAGGAGAUUUCAAAAUCUGUGGUAACCAGUGCUGAGGACACUCCUGCGAAAAAUGCAGCACCAUCACAUAUAUGGAAAUCAAGUUUUGAUCCUUCUUUGAGCUACGAAGAGCGGGAAAAAAGGAUUCAACAAGCCGCUGGAAGAGCCGGUUUUAUGCAAGAUCUUUUUCUGACAACAAUGUUAGACGACUAAUAUUACAGAAGCAGUAAGUUGCUCCAUAAAUAAUUGAAUGGGAGUUGUUAAAAAUCUUGAUAAGGGGGGGUAUCAUUGGAUGGGAUUCUAGCAGUUUAGCAGCUCUAUGAGUGCCUGAUGGUUAUAUCCCAUUCUUGUUAGUUACCCAUUUAGCCAGAGAUGUACUACAUUCUGAAGAAACAUUCCAAAUGAUGUAUCAGUUAAAGAUCAACUUCAAUUUAUGAUAUGCUUAUUAUGUUGCCUUGUAAACCCUUUUAAUGCAAAAUUUCCAGCUUAGCAACA